AUGUCUCAAUCCUUUUGGUAUCAUGUUUGGCGACCAUGUGGAACGCUAGCUCCUUUGGUUCCUUUUGUGCACAUUUCUGAUUCUCACUUGAAGUUAGAAGAUGUCUGGCAUCAUGGGCAUUGGCGGUGGGAUAUUCUUUGCACAAUGAUUCCGGAAAAAGUUAAACUUGAUUUGAUGCUCUUUGAUCCUAUCAAGCAGGCAGGAGAUAAAACAGAGGAUAUUAACCACUACUUUAGGACUUGCCAAAAAGCUUGUCAGAUUUGGAUUAGCUUAAAUUUGGGAAUGACCGCUGAUGACUCUAGUUUGGAUUUUGUGUCUUGGAUUCGUUCUAACCUCAACAAAAAUGAGUUUCUCUUUGCAGCAGCCUUUUGGUGGAUUUGGAGGGAUAGGAACAAUGACAUCUUCCACCAAGAUGAUCCAUGGAGUAAGGAGAAAAUUGUUCAUUUAGUUAAACAUGCUGCUCGAGAUUUCUCUAAUGUUGUUAUCAACCAAAAACAUAUUAUUCCUUCUUCUUUGAAAUAUAACUGGGAACCACCUCCAAUGAUUGUCUGUAAAGUGAACUGCGAUGCAAGCGUUUUUGAAAAUGAGCAAUUAGCUGGCUUUGGAUGUAUUAUUAGAGAUAGCAUGGAAAUUUGGAUAAAAGGUUGUUCUGUCAGUAUACCUCCUUCUAGUGUUCUCUGUUGUGAGCUUCAUGCUAUUUGGAGAGGGCUUGUUAUGGCUUGA